AUGGCGGCGAUGGCCCGGUCGCCGUCGGAGCCGGGCCUGGCGGGGCUGGAGGAGGACCUGACCUGCUCCAUCUGCCUCUGCCUCUUCAGCAGCCCCGUGACGGUGCCCUGCGGGCACAACUUCUGCGCCUCCUGCCUGGAGCUCUCCUGGGCCGGGCUGUCGGGGAACUUCAGCUGCCCGCAGUGCCGGGCCACCUUCGCGGGCCGCCCGCAGCUGCAGAAGAACACGGUGCUGUGCCGGGUGGUGGAGCAGCUCCAGGGCUGCGCCGGGGCCGGGGCCGAGGAGGAGGAGGAAGCGGCGGGGUGCCGGGCGGAGGUGUCCCCCGUCUACUGCGAUACCUGCCUGCAGGCGCCCGCCGUGCAGACCUGCCUGACCUGCACCGCCUCCUUCUGCUCCGAGCACCUGCGGCCGCACCAGGACAGCCCCGCCUUCCGCGACCACCAGCUCUGCCCGCCCGUGCGCGACCUGCAGCAGCGCAAGUGCCCGCAGCACAACAAGCUCUUCGAGUUCUUCUGCAGCCAGCACGGCAGCUGCAUCUGCUCCCUCUGCCUCCUCGGGCACAAGCUGUGUCACACCAGCCCCCUCCAGGUGGCCAAAGCCAACGCCGAGUUGGUGCUGAAGAAGAGGCUGAUGGAGCUGCAUCAUCAGGGUGAAAGAGCUGCUCGGGCGAUGAACACUGUGAAAACAAACCAAAGCCAAGCUGCUGAGACAGCUUCCAAAAAGAAAGAUUUGAUCAGAAGUGAGUUUUCAGAAAUUAAAGCUUUAACUGAAGAAAGAGAAAAUCAGACCUUGAAAAUAAUUGCAGAUGAAGAAAAAAGAGUUUCCAAUAAGUUUGAUUAUAUUUAUGGUAUUCUGGGAAGUAAGAAGAAUGAAAUUCAGUCUCUCAGAGACCAGAUUGAGAUGGCACUGACUGAAGGUGAUGACGUUCUGUUUUUGAAGAGAGCAACAGCACUGCAACAAACAUCAACAAAAGAUGCUUUCGUUCCUGUAAUUGAAAUGGACCAAAACUUGAUACAUUCCACUCUUCAGUCUGUCAUUAACCUUAAAGACAUUGUGAAACUGUCAGUGACUCCGUGUAGGGAGAAAAGAGCAGAAGCAAAACUGACACCUGGGAAAACUAAGCCCCCUCCAGCAGCUUCUCCAAACAAAACCUUUGUUGGAAAAAAGCCUCCAGGACCACAGGAGAAAAAGAAACCUGUUAAAGUUGCACCAACCGUGGGAACAGCAAAUGCUGCAGCUGCCGUUUCAACUAAAGAGCUUAUUGACAGCUUUCUGAAGAAAUCCAGAGAGGAGCUUUUGCAGUAUGCUGCUAACAUCACGCUGGAUUACAACACAGCUCAUAACAAAGUGAUUCUGUCUGAGAGAUAUACCAGGAUGUCUGUCUCAGACACCCCGCUGAAUUAUAACCACCACCCUCAGCGCUUCACCGAUUGUUUCCAAGUGCUGGGGUUCCAGUGCUUCAAGAGAGGCAUCCACUACUGGGAAGUGGAACUGCAGCAGAACAACUUCUGUGGCAUUGGCAUCUGCUACGGCAGCAUGGAGCGGCAGGGGCCAGAGAGCCGUCUGGGGAGGAACAGCAGUUCUUGGUGUAUUGAGUGGUUUAAUUCCAAAAUAUCGUCCUGGCAUAAUGAUGUUGAAAAGUGCUUACCCAGUGUGAAGGCUACCAAGAUUGGUGUGCUGCUCCACUGCGAGGGAGGGUUUGUGAUUUUCAUGGCUGUUGGGGAGAAGCAUAACUUGAUCUAUAAAUUCAAAACCCAGUUUACUGAAGCCUUGUACCCUGCCUUCUGGUUAUUUUCCAGUGGCACUGUUCUCUCUCUCUGCGAAAUGCAACAGUCUCGUAUCUUAAUUUAGUUCGCCUAAGUACUUACAUGCAGAUAAUCAGUCCUGCAGCAACUCUUUGUAUGUCUUAGACUCAGAAGUCUCGAAGAUUGUUUGUUUGAGACGAAAAUUAUUAGCUCUUUUAAGCAGUUUGGGAAAUCCGCUGAUUCUUUGGUCUGAAUUGCUAAACCCUUUAGACAGUGAUUUAGUAAAACAUUGAUAGUAAAUGAUGAAAGGUUUUGCAAAGACCUUGAUUGUCCUUGUAAAAGCAAAGUUAUGAUACAAACCAUUGUUAAAUGUCUUCAGUAGCUGCUGUGGCUUCUAUGGUUUGCUGUAAAGGAUCCCCAGAAUUAAUUUUCAGGUCUAAAUGUGUUUCACAGGUAGCAAUAACACCAUUGAGAAUGAAACAGGAAGAAUUCCUUGACAAAUUCAGGUUCCAGGCUUUGAAGUAGGUCUCAGUGUUGCCUUUUUCUCUAUAUGCAGACUGUUGUCCAUAGUUAGGAUUUGCAAUACACGUGUUCUCAGUGUAUGACUCCAUGAGAUGGUACAGAAUGGACUAUUAAAAUCGGUAAGUUCAGGUCUUACGAUGCUAAGUUAUAAAAGCCACUAUGACAAAUCUCAUCAGAAUGGAAAUGCAGAGACUUGUAGAGUUGAUGGAUAAGAAAUGGUGUCAGAAUCACCAGGAAAUAAAUUACAUUGACACACAGACUGGGAAUACACCAGAGAGUCUUCAGGAAGACAUCCUGCAGAGCAGCAGUGUGCACCCUGUAAUAAUAUAGUUUGUGGGAUGAAGCAUUCUGUCUCAUGUUCUGACCCAGAACAUGCUUCACAUCUUCACACUGAAGGCUCUUCCAUGUGGUUUUUUUUGUGUGCUGAGUUCAGGGAGUGCAUUUUUGGCUUGCACAGGGAGCAUAAAUGUGCUGUUCACUUAAAGCAGGGUCUCCUGUCAUAAAGCUUUUCCUCUUCGUGAGGCGGGAUAUUCCCUGCUGGUGUAUCUCUAGUUGUUCAGGUGGUAGAAACUGAAUUUGCUACACGUUAUUGGAACUCUUGAUUUGAGGAGUCUCAAGACAGUGUGCACAGUACCUAGAAAAUGCUGUUUCCUCUCCGCCUGAAGCCUGCGGGCAGACACGUGAGUCUUUUGAAACAUACAGGGGAUUGGCACAAAGGAGAAUAUAUGUCCAUUCCCACUGGGAUGGAUUUUUAACUCUCCUGGUGUUCUUUCCUUUGGGUUGUGGUAUGUCCUCAGAAGUCCUUGCCACGUACAGAGGAAUCUGUACUUCUGCAUUUCUUACAACUUUAAAACAGUCAGUAGGCAAUCAAGGUAUUUGGAUCUCAUAAUUAUUGGGCCUGUAUCUUGUUGAUGCCCCUGGACUUACUGUGCUAGCUCUUAUUUCUUGUAGUAGCCCAUGAAGAACAGGGAAACUCACACAAGGAACUUCCUGGACUUUGAUUUGUAAAACUCCCCUUGGUGAAGUAACACACAAAGCUACUGCCGGCACUUUGGAAUGGAAUUGUUAGAAGGCUCAGAAGAACCUCUGUGACUGUGUUUCACAUUAGCCAAAGUGCUUUAGAGAGAGACUUGCAGGAAUUCAGGCUUGGUGUCUCUAUUUUUACUUGGUUUGUAAACUCUUACAAGGAUAGCAUAAAUCUGAUAAGACGCUUCCAUUUCUUUGGCCAGAACAGGAUAUGGAAUCGAUGGUGGACCUAAAAGUGCCAUGGCUGUCUUUGGAGUAGUUGUACUGCCUCAGGGGUCUCAGCUUUCCAAAGCACAGUCAGCACUAAAAUUACCAAACUAAGCAGAACACUUCAGAAGGCGCAGGAGGAGGAUGUGUCCUGCUAGGAGCCAACAAUGAAUGCAAAACUUUUUUUUUCUGCACUUCCAGUUUUUCAGCAGUGAGGGACAAGAGCAGUUUCCUCUGAGAAACCCUGUCCCUUUAGCUGCUUGGCUGUGCCACAGGGCUGCAGAUCCACUCGGCAGGGUGCUGAAGGAGUACUCUGUCCCCUUGUUCAUGGGGAAAAAAGUGCUCCGGCAGUUUGUGUAGUGGAGAAAGUCCACGUUUUCUAUUGCUUGCUCCUUGACUUUAAAGGGGUGUUAAUAUUAACCUCUAAGUCUAUGGGCUUCUUUAGCCAUAGUCUGGAGUGAUACUCAAGCAAAGUAAAGGAGAGCUCUUAUUCUGCCGCGUUGGACAAGGUGGGAUUCUUUAAAUGUGACAUUGGUGUAUGACCAACAGUACAUAACACAUGAAGUGUUCCGGAUUACCACAGGCAGUGAAACAAGCCUGCUGCUGUAUUCCUGAUUCUCUUUUUUUGUUUGUUUUCUUUUGUGCUAUGAAUGACUAGAAAUGAUAGAAUGAAUUUCUGUUAAGUUGGAAUGAAAUGAGAAAUGCGUAACUGAAUUGUUGCACUUCUGAAAACUGUUAUUUUGGUUAGCUUCAGAUAUCUUGGUUAUAUCGAAACAUUGGGGUGAUACAACAUUAGAAAAAAAUACUAGUUACAGCGUGAUAAAUAACGGUUCAAAAGCCUCUUCAACACAACUGAAGUGUUUUUACUCAGCCAGUAAUUAUCAAAGCUGUACUGGUUUUAAUACAAAAUGUAGAUACAAGCAUGUGUUUUAAUUAUACUUUUUAAUACUAUAAAGAACCCAACUUCUUAUCCAGUCUAGAAAAAGAACUAAUUCUGGUGUUAAUAAAGCCAUGAGGAUGUGGAAUGAUUUGCACAUUAACGUACAAGUGAGAGUAAAUGGAGAAACGCUUGCCCACUGAAAAUACACUGAUCUGUCUAAGUUUAAUCCUUUCUUCAAUGAAAAAUCAGUAAAAUACUGCAGUUAGAAAAAUAAAUGCCUAUGUAAUUAUAAACCUGCUGAUUGUACUGAUAUCAGCUAUGUACUUCAAUACAUAUACUAUGACACAUCUAUAUGAAAUAACACAGCUAGACAUCCUUGUCAGGGCAAUAGAUACAGAUUUUAUGCCAUCUGUUUUAUGACUGUGCUGUAACUGUUUUAGAAGUUGACUGUUGUUGAUCUUUUCAGCUAUAAAAUGAAUGAAUUGUGGUAUUUUGAAUUCAAUAAAUAUUCAUGGUAAACCCUAACUCUAAAUGGUUUGUACUGUGCUCAAAGUUGAAGCAAGCAGUAACGAAGGCAGAAAUAAAGAUGCUAUAGUGUACAAAUAACAGGGCUUUUACUG